AUGGUCAUGAGCAAAUCGUCCCAUCCGCGGCUCCGGCAGCAAUUCCCUGCUCGGGGCCACCAGACAAAGGUCCAAGACAGUAUUUUUUGCUCUGAAGAAGAUAACAGUCUGUAUUUCACGUACAGUGGAAAAUCAAAUGUCCUUGAGGUCAGAGAACUCAACUACCAGGUUAAUUUGGCAGCUCAGAUUCCCUGGUAUGAGAAGCUAUCACAGAUGAAAAUGCCAUGGGCCUGCAACUCAGGGCCAGAUUCUCAUGUGUCAGUAAUCCAGAACCUGAAUUUAAAAGUUAAAAGCGGUCAGAUGCUCGCGAUUAUAGGAAGCACUGCUGUUGGAAAGACAUCACUGCUUGAUGUGAUAACCUGUCGGGAUCACGGAGGCAAGAUCAAGUCGGGUCAAAUCCUGAUCAAUGACAAAACCAGCACGCCCCAGCUCGUUAAGAAAUGCAUCGCACACGUGCGGAAGGAUGACCGGCUGCUCCCUCACCUGACCGUCAAAGAGACGCUGCUCUUCGUUGCCAAACUGCGGCUUCCAAAGUCUUUUUCAGACUCUCAGAGGAAAAAAAGGGUGGACGACGUCAUCGCGGAGCUGCGGCUGCGCCAGUGCGCCAACACGCGCGUGGGCAACGAGUACCUGCGCGGCGUGUCCGGCGGCGAGCGGCGCCGCGUCGGCAUCGGCGUGCAGCUCCUCUGGAACCCGGGAAUACUGAUACUUGAUGAACCCACGUCUGGACUGGACAGUUUUACUGCUCACAACCUUGUGAUAACAUUAUCCAGGCUGGCCAGAGGAAACAGAUUAGUUCUUCUCUCAGUUCACCAGCCCCGGUCAGAUAUCUUUCAACUUUUUGAUUUAGUUCUUCUGCUGACCUCUGGAGUCACCAUCUACUCUGGCACAGCUAGAGACAUGGUCCAGUACUUCACAGAACUAGGCUACCCCUGCCCGAAGUACAGCAAUCCUGCAGAUUUCUAUGUUGAUUUGACCAGUAUUGACAAACAGAAUGUAGAAAAGGAGAUGGAAAGCCAAAGAAGAGCAAAUACUCUUGCCAACUUGUUUCAAGAGAAAGUCAAAGGCUUUGAUAAUUUCUUAUGGAAAGUUACUGAAGGAAAUGAUAGUGACACCACAUCCAGCAAACAAAGUUCCCAUGGAGGUUCUGAGGUGUCUAUUAACAUGCCUUCCCAUUCGAGUGACCACUUACCAGGAGUCCUAAAACAAUUCACAGUAUUAUUAAGUCGCCAAGUCUCCAAUGACUUCCGAGAUCUUUCAACGUUAUUAAUCCAUGGAUUUGAGGCCCUUCUCAUGUCAUUAUUAAUUGGAUUUUUGUACUAUGGCCAUGACAAAAGCAGACUCUCUAUUCGUGACACAACAGCACUGUUGUACAUGAUAGGUGCACUAACCCCAUUCACAGUGAUUUUGGAUGUUAUUGCCAAAUGUCAUUCGGAAAGAGCAAUGCUUUAUCAUGACUUGGAGGAUGGAAUGUAUUCUGUGAGUCCGUACUUCUUUGCCAAGAUUCUGGGGGAGCUCCCAGAGCACUGCGCUUUUGUUAUCAUUUAUGGGAUUCCCAUCUACUGGCUGGCAAACCUGAACCCGGAGCCAGAGCAUUUCCUGAUGAACCUCCUCUUCGUGUGGCUGGCCGUGUACUGCGCCCGCACCAUGGCGCUCUGGGUGGCCGCGCUGCUGCCCACGCUGCAGCUCUCGGCCUUCUUCGGCAACGUCCUCUUCACCUCCUUCUACCUGAGCGGCGGCUUUGUCAUAAGCCUGGAGAACCUCUGGACAGUUCCAUUCUGGAUUUCCAAAAUAUCUUUUCUGAGAUGGAAUUUUCAAGGCCUGAUGCAAGUUCAGUUUAAUGAUCUCACAUAUGAAAUAACUAUUGGAAACAUUACCCUUCCUGUACCUGGGAAAAUAGUAACUCAGUCCCUGGACCUGGAUUCUCAGCCUCUCUAUGCAAGCUAUCUCAUCCUCACUGCGAUUAUCCUCGUCUUCCUAAUUUUAUAUUACAUAUCCCUGAGGUUCAUCAAGCAGAAAUCACAUCAAAACUGGUAA